AUGACAACACCUUACAGCGAACCACUUCAGCAACAACCACAGCAACAACAGCAAGCAGAGUGGUAUCAGUUUGAUCCCAAUGUUCAUUAUUACUAUGACGAACAAGGCCAGCUUCAUUAUUACGAUCCAAAUACGAAUCUAGAGUGCGAUUAUCAACCUCACUAUGUAGAUGACAAUGCAUAUUACACCAAUACAAACACCAGCACGCCUCAAUCUACUUAUACCCAUCCUCAGCAGCAGCAGCAUCAACAACCUGCUGUUUCACGACAACCUACGCCAGAUGUUUUAUUACCGUGUCCUGAACCUACCUGUCAUGGUGAAAACAAACCUACCUCAAAGUUCUGUGAAGAGUGCGGAAGACAACUCGGAGCAAUAUCGAGAUCAGUAACGCCUGCUAUUGUAAAUACACCUGUUGGUAACAACAACAACAACAACAACAACAACAACAUUCAUAAUUCAAGUGUUUCAGCCUUGACAAGGCCCUUUGCAAAUCAGCAAAUUCAAGAUUAUCAUCCUCAGCAGCAGCAGCAGCAGCAGCAGCAGCAACAACAAUACCAAGGAUACACUCAACCACCUCUGCAAAGACCUCCCACUGCACCUGUCUAUUCCACCAGUCCUUUGGAUUCGAGCCAAACGGUGCCUCUCUACCACCCACCCUCUGUUGGCAGUACAGUGGAUAAUGUGAGACAGCAACACCCACAUCAUCUCUACUAUAACAAUGUGCAACAUCAGUCGAUGCAAGACCUGUAUGGACAGGCUCAACAGCAACAGUAUCAAGGCAGCUAUCAAGCGCCCGUGCAACAACCUGCUGUAGAUGCACUUGACAGAGCUAGAGGGUGUCCAAUUGUCUGCUUUGGAUUUGGAGGUAAAAUGCUCGUGACAUUUCCACGAACAGUAACGAAUUAUUACUCCUCUACCGUGAAACCUCAACCUGGUCCUAUCAAGAUCACAUCCUUAAAGGAGCUUGGUCACCGUGUGUUCCCUGUUGUGUUUCCGGGUCCUGUGUUGCAUGAUAGCAAGAUAGGAACAAAGCAGAAAAAGAAGGACGUUGCUCAGUACAUGGCACACAGAGUGGAUGCAUUUGAAAAGGAGAAAUUGGCUGUGGUGUACGACUCGCUCGAGUUUCAUCAGUUGGAGGCCAAGAUUUUGCUGUGGCAGUUGAUCAAGGUAUUGGUAGAGAAUGAUGGCACUGUCAAUGAUAAGGGCAAGAUGGACCAGGCGAUUCUGUCAGUGCUGCGUCCCACCAUCACCAACGUGGAGGAGUCUCACUUUGCAUUACCAGCGUUCAAUAACAACACCAGCAACAACAGCCAGCAACAACAGCCUUCAUCAGUGGACUUGUCGAAUCAAGUGCUGUCAAAGAUUGAACACUAUUUAUUGAACGGAGAUCGCAUUGGGGCUGUCGAUUACGCUAUUCAAGAAGAUUUGUGGGCACAUGCUCUGAUUAUCAGUAGCUGUGUGGAUAAGGAUCUGUGGCAAAAGGUGAUCAAAAACUUUGUGGACCGUGAGAUGAAUUGCACACCUGAAAUGAGGCAGAACCGGCAGUUCAACAACAUUGCUGGCAACAACCAGGCGCUGCGUGUUGUUUACUCCUUGUUCUCUGGUGCGGGUGCUACAGCCAUCAACGAAUUUCUCACAAAUGAUGUGCAACAUAUAAACACACCUUAUGGAUUGCAAGCAGUUACACCUCAAGCUGAUGUAUCUCAAUUGGUCAAGUGGAGAGACACAGUGGCUAUUAUUCUGGCCAAUAGAACGGGGAGAGAUUUAGAGGCGCUCACGGCGUUUGGUGACAUGAUGAAGGAGCAGGGUUGGAUUGAGGCAGCACACAUUUGCUACCUACUCUCUCCACAGUAUGCCAUGCACGCGGGCAUAGACACCAUGCAAGUACGAUUAACAUUGAUUGGCAGUGACAGAGCAUCCAUAGACGCAUACAUCUUGACCGAGAUUUUCGAGUUCGCCAUGAGUUCCACCACAUGUCUGCCGUUCUUGCAAGGCUACAAAUUGGCACACGCUUGGGUAUUGGCAGAUUUUGGCUAUAUGGACAUGGCCCAGCGCUAUUACGAUGCGAUAGAUCAAUGCAUCAAAUCCUAUACAAAGGGCAGCCCUUACUUGCAUCCUCAUUUGAUUGAACAGGUGAAUGCGUUUGGUGUCUUUUUAGAGAAUGCCACUGGAAGAAAGAGCGGUGAUCCUGGAUCCUGGCUUAAGCCCAAGUUUCAAAAGAAGGCGUUCUCUUCACUUUGGGGUACAUUGGAGGGUAGUCUCACCAAGUUUGUGAGCGGUGAAGAGGUGCCCACGGUAGAGACAGUUCCGGCAAGAAAGUCUACUGAGAUUAUGAGUCGUUAUCAGUAA